GCCUGGGGGGCGGUGCUCCGCUGCGGCCAUGCCGGCGGUGCUGGGCGCUGCCUGGGCCCUGCUGGCUGCCGCCUUCAUGGUGCUGUUGCUGCUACACCGGGCCCAGGCGUGGUGGCCCGGCGGAGGAACCCACAUCGCUUCCAUCUUCUUCCAGGACCUCAUCCGCUACGGGAAGACCAAGAGAGGCGGGCAGCAGGCUGCAUGGCUGCGCCGCUUGCAGGUGCCCAAGAGGUGGUUUACUCAUUUUUAUGUCGUUUCUAUACUCUGGAAUGGCUUUCUGCUGAUCAGGCUUUUUCAAGCUGAGUUCCUUGGAGCAUCGCUCCCUGCAUGGAUUCAGAUCUUCCAUAGUGCUUUUGGCAGAGAUUUGCAGAACCAGAAUACGGACAGUGAACACUUCUCUGCACUCUUGGUUCUCCUGCUCCUAUGGCUGCAUAGCUUUCGACGACUUGCAGAAUGCCUCAAUACCAGCGUGUUUUCCGAUGGGGUCAUCCACAUUGCGCAGUAUUGCUUUGGACUUGGUUAUUAUGUUGCUGUUGGCUCAACUGUGCUAUGUCAAGUGCCUGCUGAUGUUAGGAAUGGAAAAGGACUUUCUGCGCAGAUCUCCUGGUAUCACAUUGUGGGCAUUGUGAUGUACAUUUGGGCCUCUCUUCACCAGCACAGGUGUCUUGUGAUUCUAGCUAACCUUAGGAAAAGUAAAUCAGGUAAGGCGUUUCAUUGCUGUGAACAAAUUACUUAUGUAAAUCACAGAAUCACAGAAUUGUAG